GGUAGUGUUUCAACAAUGGAGCAAACACAGCUCUUACAAGACCAAAACUUCCCUCUCUUCAAAACAACUCGCAAUAAACCCUCACAAAACCCUUCCCUCGCCGCAACCACAAACCCCAACUCCGAACCACACAAAACAACCACCUCCACCGUCACAGCCGACGCUGCCACCGCCACGUUCGACGAUCUCGGCCUCGCCGAAUGGGCGGUCAAGACGUGCACGGAGCUCGGCAUGCGGAAGCCGCGGCGCGUGCAGUCGCAGUGCAUUCCGAGGGUCCUUGAUGGCCGCCACGUGCUUGGCAUUGACGAGACUGGGAGCGGUAAGACCGCGGCCUUCGCGCUCCCGAUCCUCCACCGUCUCGCCGAGCACCCGUUCGGCGUGUUCGCACUCGUCGUGACGCCCACGCGCGAGCUCGCGUUUCAGCUCGCGGAGCAGUUCCGCGCCCUAGGGUCCUCCCUCCACCUCCGCAUCGCGGUGGUUGUUGGCGGCAUGGACAUGCUGAAACAGGCGAAGGAAUUGGUGGCGAGGCCACACCUCGUGAUUGCCACACCCGGGAGGAUCCACCUCUUACUCCGAGAUAGUCCUGAUAUUCCUCCUGUUUUCUCCAGGACCAACUUCCUUGUCUUGGAUGAAGCAGAUCGAGUCCUGGAUGUUGGUUUUCAGGAGGAAUUAAAAUUUAUUUUUCAGUGUUUACCAGAAAAUCGUCAAAACCUGUUCUUUUCUGCAACAACUACAAGUAAUCUGCAAAAGUUGCGUGAACGUUAUCAAGAUAAGCUGUAUGUCUAUGAGGCAUAUGAAGGAUUCAAAACAGUUGAAACACUCGAGCAGCAGGCUAUCUUCAUCCCUAAAAAGGUGAAGGAUGUAUAUUUGAUGCAUAUUUUGUCUAAAAUGGAAGAUAUGGGCAUUCGGUCUGCCAUCAUAUUUAUCUCAACUUGCAGAGAUUGUCAUCGAUUAAGUUUAAUGCUUGAAGUGCUUGAUCAAGAAGCUGCAGCUCUAUAUUCAUUCAAAUCACAAGCUCAGAGGCUUGAAGCACUUCAUCAUUUUAAAUCAGGAAAGGUUUCUAUACUGCUAGCAACUGAUGUUGCGAGCCGUGGAUUGGAUAUUCCUACAGUGGACCUUGUUAUCAAUUAUGAUGUCCCAAGGUUUCCACGAGAUUAUAUUCAUCGUGUAGGUCGUACAGCAAGAGCAGGUAGAGGGGGGCUGGCUUUAAGCCUUGUUACCCAGAAUGAUGUUGAUCUUAUUCGUGAAAUAGAAGUUCUUAUUGAACAGCAACUUGAAAUGGUUGAAUACAAAGAAAAUGAGGUGCUCUCUCUCAUGAAAAAGGUUUUCAGUGCAAAGAAUGUGGCAGAAAUGAAGAUGAUAGAUGAUGGCUUUGAGGAGAAAGCUAAAGAACGGAAAAAACAGAAACUGAAAAUGCUAGCAGAGAAGGGAUUGUUGAAGAAAAGAAACAAGAAGAGAAAACGAAAUAAUGAAUUUGCAAAAGAAGGAAAAGAACCUAAACAAGAGAAGGUGGAAGUGGAAGCAUUGGCAAAUAUGCAGUCACUAAAGAAGAGUAAGAAGAGAGAAUAAAUUAGUUUAUUUGAGGAAGAGGCAAAAAAUCAAAGCCGAAUGUAAAGAGAUGUAUGUGAAGUUAUAGCGCACGGAGAGGAGCUCAAAAGCACGCUAGGGUUUUGGUAAGUAAUAACAAUUGCCCACAAUU